AAUAUGAUUUGAAUCUCAAGUUUUUGUGUGUUUGUUAUGAUUCUUGUUAUCGUAUUCUUGAUACGAUAAUCGGAAAUAUUUUUUAUCGGAAGAUCCCAACUGUUUUAAUCUUGUGAAAUUUUCAAUGUCAGUUAAUUUUGAUGCUAUGGCAAACAGCAGAUUAAAAGUCACAGUCACCUGAUUGAGUUGAGCUCGGUUUACCUGUUCGUAUUUUGGUAAUACGAUAUUGAUGUAGGUUAAAUCAUUGAAAUGAAAGUAUUUAUAGCAUUUGAUGAUCACGGAUUGAAUUUUAUAUCCACAGUUUUAAUCCACCAGGACUCGUGAUUAACAUAGUUGGGAAACACAAGUUAUCAAAAUGAUAACUGUUUCAAUGUUAAAGUGGUUUUCAAAAAUAAAACUCAUCAUGCUACUGGCUUUUACUUUGAAAUGAGCGGUACAAUGUUGGUACAAUAUUGGUAAUUAAUGAGAAAUUAACUUUAUUCGUUAUUUAUUUCAGUGUAAAACUAUUUUCACUGUUAGUUGGUUAACCCAAUGCUUAAACAACUCUUAAAAUUUCCGCGAGUUAAUUAAGAAUCGGAAAGUGCCUAACAUUUCUUUCCUUUGUUUUGUUUAUGGUUUCAAGAUUGGUUUUAAGCUUUUAGUGAAUAAGUUUGUUGUUUUAAAAUGUUAUUAAUUUUGAUAACACUGAUUAGUGUUUACUUUACCCCGAGUCAAUUGCUGGAAGAAUCAACAUUUAAAGUGAAUAGCAAUUAUAAUAGACCUGUCAUUGGAAUACUAACAUUACCUGAUGAUGACACCGGUAAUCGUACAUCGCCUUCCAAUUUUCCUGCCAGUUAUGUGAAGUUCAUUGAAUCAGCUGGUGCACGAGUCCUUCCAGUUUUCAUUGGACGUGAUGAAGAUUAUUACAAAUCAAUUAUGAAUAUAACCAAUGGAAUGCUGUUUACUGGUGGAUCAACUAAUCUGAGAGAUUCAAUUUACACUUCAACAGCUUCAAUUAUCUGGUCAUAUGCUCUUCAGUUGAAUCAAGCUGGAGAUUACUAUCCACUUUGGGGAACUUGCCAAGGCUUUGAAUUAUUCCUUUAUUUAGUCAGUGAUCAACAAUGGCCAUUAGUUUCCUGCUCAGCCAUUAAUUUGGCUGGAAAAGUUACUUUCUUAUUAGACGAUAAACAACUCAAAGAAACCAAAUUGUUCAAAAAUGCUCCAAACUCUAUCAUAAAGGCACUUGCAAAUGAUCCGGUAACUUUCAAUUGGCAUGAUUGGUGUUUACCAGUUGGAUAUAUGUAUUUACCAAAAUUGCAAGCUUUUUUCACUGCCAUGUCAAAAAGUGUCGAUUAUAAAGGAUUGGAAUUUAUUUCAAUGAUUGAAGCAAAAGAUUUUCCAUUUUAUGGUGUUCAAUUUCAUCCCGAGAAGCCUCCUUAUGAGCCAGUAAUUAAUCCUCGUUAUACUAAUACUCCACAAACACUGGAGGCCAUAUUGGUUAGCCAAUAUUUUUCCAAUUUUUUCAUCAGUGAAACCAGAAAGAGUCACCAUAUUUAUCCUGAAACAGAAUAUUAUCGAUCUCAAUUAAUCUACAAUUACUGUCCUCAAUACACAGGAAUCAACGCAUCUGCAUCAAAUGUCGAGACAUAUUACUUCUACUAAAAUUAUGAUCUACUGCAGCAGUCAAUAAACAGCUAAAGCCAUAAUUAUCCAGUAAAAAAUAUCGUUGGCUGAGAAAUAGCCUCAAGUGGUUAAAGAUUGAAUAAAGAUUUUUUACAAACAUUUCUAACAUCAGAGUCAAUGUCUUCUCAAACUUAUUGUAUCUUCAUAUUUGGUUUGAAAUGUACCACAAUCUGGACUUCCAAUGUUAACUUAAUUUGUCAAAAUGAUACUUUUAAUUGGUGGUUAAUUCAAAAUCAAUAUAAUUUUGGAUUCUACCCGAAUCUUGCAAUGAACAUCGCAAGAAUAUUUAUGUAAACAUUCAAUACAUCGCAUGAUUUGCCUAACAUUAAACUCACAAAAGCUCAGGAUUACAUAAAACUUGAGCGUAAUUUUGAAAGAAAUAAUAUUCUCUACUUUUGAUUAUAAUGGUUGGGAUAAUUAUCAUAAUUGUUUCAAAAAUGCUGUAAACACAAUGAAGUGUUGUUGCCCUUUCAAGAUUUGCCUAAUUGAAGAUGGCCCUUGCUUUGUUAUCUGAUCUUUAUCACCUUAAUCAUCCACGUCCUCUUCAUCAUCGUCAUCAUAAGCCUCCUCCUUCUUCCUAGACAUUUGUGAAGAAAGAGAAAGAGAAAGGAUAGCGACCGGUUCGAUCGGUUUCAUUACUGUUUUGAAAGUAAGUGGAUAACCCUUUUUAUUUCACCAAGCGCUUGAGGCUAAACAAAGAUAGAAAUGAUGAUAAUGAUGACGAUGAUGGCAAUUGCCUUAAUAAAAAAUAUUUUCUGUUUUUCUUUUAACUCGAUCUGUAUUACAAUCCAAUUGUAUUGAAGAGCAUAUUUUAACUUUCGUGGUCGCCAUCCAUCUAAUCUUGUCGUUAAAGGGAGUGUGUUAAGGCUGGGUCUGAAGUAUAUGUCCGAGGCUAUGAAAAGGGGCGAAACAGAGGGAUCAGGGCAAAUUGCACUAAGUAAUUGUACACUAAGUGUCCACUGUAAAGUUAAUUAUACUGUUCAUCUCCCUCGGCCUUUCUCUCUUGCAACCCAAUCUCUCUUUUUCUGGUCCAGUAUUUAAGAUUGAACCAUUUUUACGGCAUUCACUUCUUUCUGUCUAACUCAGUUACUUCUUCUUACUUUCAUCAUUCUUGAAAAUUUCACCAAUUUUUCAUCAGUAAAAAUGAAACUCGGACUAGUUAUCGCAACUUUCAUUUGCUUAUUUGCUGUCGCCUUAGCUUAUCCUUAUCCUUACAGACGCGGAGGAUUUGGUAAUGGAUUCGGAGUCGGAAUGGGAAGUGGCUUCGGUGGUUCAGGCUUUGGAGCUGGUUUUGGAGCAGGAUUCGGUGGCGGCUCUGGUUAUGGACCUGGUGCUGGCUACGGUAGUGGAUACGGAGGUGGUUCUGGCUUUGGUGGACCAGGCUUCGGUGGUGGCUCCGGGUUUGGAGGUGGCAUGGGAGGUGGUUACGGUUUCUGAGUAUCAUCUCUGAGUCUAUCUUUAAACAGUGACUAGUGUUGCGAUAAUAUUAUUGUAUUGAUACUUGUAACUAAAAAUCAAACUCAAAAUUUAAUAUUAAACUUAAAUGGUUAAAGUAAC